GGCCACUCUGUUAUGAAUCAUGAGAUGUGCGGCUGCAAUUUACGGCGGGUAGGAAAAGUGAGCAGGAAAUCUGGGUUCAGGGGAAUUCACUAAAAUUUGGUGUUCGAUGGUUGUGGACAUGCUGAUUGAAUGCCUUGGCUGUUAACCAUGGUAUGAACUAUGAAUAUUUCUCCUAUUUGCUUGUGAUGCGAUAAAGCUUUGGAAUCAGGUAAAUUGCAAGCAUGGCCUUAGUGAGUGUGAUCUCGCGCGAUGUGUUUGGUUCGGGAGCCAGUGAGCCACUCAGCCACCUCUCUUCCCGAUUUGGCAGCCAAAAUUUCAGUUCAGUGCAUGGAUGGCUAAGUGGAUUGAUUGAUUCUUGUGUCAAUAAUGAUAGCAUUCAUCUUCUUAAUUUCUCUGUUGUGCUGAUGGCGAAAAUUUGGUUAGCUCAUCAUGAUUUUGUCCCUGAAUCUUCAAACACAGAUUUUGUCAAAAAUUUGGUUAGCAUUCAUCUUCUUAAUUUCUCUGCGUGUGCUUCCAAGGAGGUGCAGGAUAUGAAGAUGGCUUUACUUCAGACUUCAGAGCUUCAAAGAAUGCUCGCCCGUUGUUAUCCUCUGAUGGUAGGUGAAGCUGCUCAUGGGAUUGUAACUUGGCAUUAUUGUUUGUAUCAGUGGGGACAAGAAACUAGUAUAAACAGUACCUUCCAUCUUUGCAUGGACAUAAGCUUGUGUACAGGGUCAAACUUGAUAAACAACAGAUAUUGUUGGAUUUUAUUUCUAAGCUAGAUAGAACGUGCAUUGAGACAGUGGAAACAGGGAAAGUGACCAAAGAUCUUGCCUUUCUUAUACAUGGACCCAAGUAUCACCCUUUUGCUAAUGCAUGUUCUUUUGUGAUUUCUCUUUUACCUCAUUGAUUUAUGAACUUGGGCGAUACUUUUUUUUUCUGUUUCUUCUCACUUAAUCCAUGGAAAGCAGGACUGCUAUGUAAUGUUCCUGUCUUUUUCAUUUAAAAAAUAUCUUUCUGACAUAUUAAAAGACUGACUUCUCUUUGAAAUGAGUAA